GGCCGCAGUGUUCGUGCGUCUGUGCGUUGGGUGCGAGUGUCACGCUUCUGCUAGAUGCUGUUCAUGUGCGCCUGCGCCUGUGUACGUGCGCGUGUGUAACUACUCCCACCGCAUCGUCCAACGCUCUACCACUACCGUUAGUACCUUCAUCGUAGUCGUUCCUUCAGUACUAAUACCACAACCAACAGUACCACUACCAUCACGUUGUCCUGUGCUUGCUGCUCGUGCUACUCUCGACAAUCAACAUCAGUGCACGCGCGCGAAUGAGUAUGUGUGUGUGAGAUACAAGAUCGUACGCGAAUCGACGGACAGGGACACACACCGUGGAUAUACGGAGUGUGUGUAUACACACAGCGCGCAUACCCGAUAGAGAGGGCGCGCGAAGCAGAAGAGAAACAGACUGUGCGGGGGGAGGGAGAGAGACGGACAAGGAGGGAGCAAGCAAGACCGAUGUUGGCCCCAACAGCCUCUCACUAGACAGUAUUACUUUCAACCGUUUAGUGGGGCCAAUGCUACCCGGCGCGGAGUAGUCAGUCAGCCGAGCAGUCAGAGUCAGCCGUCCGCGAAUAUCGAGAGGACGCUCUCUCUUCGUUCGUGGGUACCGUCGUCGAUGAUCAUCCACGCGACCAUCUCUCAAAUGUUUUUAUCAUCAUUGUCUUUGAAGCGUCUGCUGCUGCUGCUGCUCCUGUCGCCGCCGUCGUUAUCAUCGCCGUUAUCAAUGUCCUCGUCAAUUUUGUUAACAAUUCGCCAUCGUUACAGCCGUGACAGACUGUGAACCGUAUACAUGUCGCAUAAUCCGUGGAUAUAUGAAUAAAGUUUACAAAAGUGUACGAGAGAAAAAGAGACCGAGAGGAACAGAAACUUUCUAACGACAAAAGGAGAAUAAGAAAUAAAGAAUGAAAGUACAUAGUUUUUGUAUAUUGUGGAUAGUUUGAUACACAUUAGACAAUUUGCAAUCAAACGUGUGGUGGUCAAGAACAACUUGGAGAAACAAAGUUGUUGUGUCGCUGGUGCCGCAAGGACACAAUACCGGUAUCGGCCACGAGCAGAGGAGUUUUACCCUCUCUUACGGCGCAUCCGAGUCGCACGCGUGUGCAACACUCUUUGGUUCGAGUUCCGCACGUUCAGCCUGAGUUGCGGAUCGUGUUCUCGCUUGUUUUGUCGUAGUUAUGACGAGGUGAUGAAUAGACGGAAACGUUGCUGUGUCGAGCAGCGUGGUGACCGUGCUCGUCGUCGUGACGGACGAUGACGAUAAACGUAGACAAUUUUCGUGGACGCAAGGAAGUGUGUAUGUUGAUGUGAUCUAGUGUUUUUAUUUCUUGUAAUAUACCGUUUGCCGCAAGAAAGGAUUGGAUUAUAUCGUGAACAAGGUGGUGUAUCGACCGAGGAUAAUGCGCUUCUGUAUCAUCCUUUAGUAUCCUGAUUUUUCGUUGAAACGCCCGCAGCACGCGACAUCCAUUUGUCAUUUUUAUUGGAACUAGUUUCAAGAAAAUCAUCAACAACGGCGGCGAUCGGCGUUGGGGUGCAGCCCGUGUUAUCGUCCGGCUAUCAUAGCACGGUGCCACCCCAGAACGGAGGUGGUGGUUCGACAUUUAGUGCCGCGGCGAUGGUGGCAGCUGCCACCGCUACGGCCACCGCCACUGCUAGCGUGGUGGCCAUGCAGGACCGCCAAGACAUCCCUCCUCAAUUUAAUCAGAUGCAGAGUCAACAUGGAAUACCCCACCAAUCGUACAACGCAGGGUAUGCUCAAAGAGGACCAAUGGCCGGAAUGGGGCCAGUCGGGAUGAGCAAUUUUAAUAGCAUGGGCACGAUGAGCCCAAUGCACCCUAUGAAUUCCAUGAAUUCGAUGAACAGUAUGAAUGGCAUGAACCCAGUGAAUCCUAUGUCAAUGGGAGGUAUGAACGGUAUGAAUGGUGUAAACGGAAUGACCCCCAUGAACUCCAUGAGUAACAUGGGCAAUAUGGGCAUGAACAAUAUGAUGGGACCCAACAACAUGCAAAUGAACAAAAUAAACAUGCAGGCUCAACCUCAUCAAGGAUAUACAAGGAGACUAGCGCCUUAUCCAAACCCCGCAAUGCACAUGGCGCAAAAGAGGCAACAGGGGCCAUACGCGGGUCCUAAUCCGGCUGCGAUGCAGCCAGCCUUUAACGGCAUGACAUCGUCACAGUAUCCGACCAAUUACCCUAGUGCAGUGAGGCCGAAUUUUCAACCUCAAUAUCAACCUAUGCAGGGUAUGAAUCCAUCGGCUGCUGGCUUUGGGCCUAACUCCAUGAUACGGAGUAAUAACAUGAGACAAACUGCGCCUUCUUACAAUACCGCUAAUCAAGCGACGAACAACCAAUAUUACGGUAGCAACGGUAUACCGGUUAGUAUGGGACCUACGACUGUUGGAAACCAGUUCGUUGGCCAUCAACCAAAUUCAGGGUACGCUGGUAGCACAUCUUCGUAUGGUGGAGCCGGUGCUGCAACGAGUCAAUACCAGCAAGAGGUUGCGUCAAUGAGAACGACAGGCGCUGGUAGUUUAAAUUACCAACACAGUCCUAUCCCUGGUAAUCCGACUCCCCCUUUGACACCGGCAACCAGUAUGCCUCCUUAUAUUAGUCCAAAUCCAGACAUCAAACCUAAUUUCAACGAAAUGAAAUCACCGGUUAAUAUUCAGAAGGAUGAUGAGUUAAGAUUAACAUUCCCCGUGAGGGAUGGCAUUAUUCUUCCACCCUUCCGGUUAGAACAUAAUCUGGCUGUAAGCAACCACGUUUUUCAAUUAAAACCCACGGUGCAUCAAACGUUGAUGUGGCGGUCUGAUCUGGAACUGCAACUCAAAUGUUUCCACCACGAAGAUAGGCAAAUGAACACAAAUUGGCCAGCGAGCGUACAAGUCUCCGUGAAUGCUACGCCUUUAGUUAUCGAUCGUGGUGAGAAUAAAACGUCUCAUAAGCCCUUAUAUCUGAAAGACGUUUGUCAACCUGGAAGAAACACGAUACAAAUUACAGUAUCAGCAUGUUGUUGUUCCCAUUUGUUCGUGCUUCAAUUAGUUCAUCGACCAAGUGUGAGAAGCGUACUUCACGGAUUGUUACGUAAAAGGCUACUUACGGCGGAACAUUGUAUUACUAAAAUUAAACGGAAUUUCAAUAAUACUAUUUCAAAUAACGGCAUACAGUCGGAGAAAGAUGUCGUAGAACAGACUGCACUUAAGGUAUCUUUAAAAUGUCCUAUUACCUUUAAACGUAUUACACUGCCAGCUAGAGGACAUGAUUGUAAACAUGUUCAAUGCUUCGAUUUGGAGUCAUAUUUGCAAUUAAAUUGUGAACGAGGAUCUUGGCGAUGUCCUGUGUGCACGAAACCUGCACAAUUAGAAGGUUUAGAAGUUGAUCAAUAUAUGUGGGGCAUUUUAAACACUUUAAAUACUGCGGAAGUGGAAGAGGUUACGAUAGAUUCAAUGGCGAAUUGGAAACCAGCGAAAAACUUGACUGGUAUUAAAUCUGAAGAAGAAAGCGAUUGUAAGAGAAUGACAAAGGCAAUGUCACCUGGAAGUAUGAAUAUGCCUACUAUGAAUAACUGGGAUAUGAAUCAAGCAAUGAGUCCGUACAUACCGCCUGAUAUGAGCAGCAUCGUAAGUGGUUCUAUGAUGAAUAAUACACCAACCACGUACGGUAACAACAAUAUCAAUCAUCGGAAUUCGUCGGGAGGAUCUUUCGAUAUUAAUUCUGGAGCGAAUACGAAUACCAAUAAUGAUUAUACUAAUGGAGGGGGACCUCUUUCGCACUUAAAUGAAUCGGUGAACUCUUUAGAUCCUCUUAAUGCUAUGGAGAAAUCGCUUAACGAUCAAAUGCCUCACACACCGCAUACACCUCAUACUCCUCAUACACCACAUACGCCAGGUGGUGGGAAUAGUGGUCCACCAAGUGUUCCUCCUGCAUCCCAAGAAUCCACUGGAAACCUCAACACAUCUGGUAAUACGAAUACAAACAUAACCAACGAUACUACAGAUAUACCAUCAGAUUUGAAUUUUGACCCAGCUGCGGUAAUAGAUGGCGAGGGUACAGGUCAAGAAGCACUGAAUCUCUUGCCGGAUAAUGUUGUGGAUCCAAUGGAACUACUUUCAUAUCUAGAUCCACCAGAUCUGAAUACCCCUCCCAGCAGCGGCGCUAGCAGUGGUAACCCCUCAUCAAGCGAUGAUAUAUUAGCACUUUUUGAAUAAAAGAAGACAGGCAUCCUUGUAAGAGAAAUAAUCAAAUUGCGACCCUGACGCAAGAAAGAAAACGAUGUCGGCGGGUUUGCAUCCUACUACAAAUAUAUUUCUGAUCGAAUGAAAAUACUUGUAGUGAGCGAUUUCAAAAACGUAUUGGGGUCACUGUUGGGUGCUCUCAACUAUUCAAUGGUACAAAAGUCUUAGCUCUAAUUAUAAUAUUAUUCCUACUGACAAAAUUAGGGCAUAUUAUUAGAUUUAAAAAUAAUAACUUUUAAUUAAUAGACGAAACGAAGCACCACGUAAUAGUGCUUAUUUGUAAAGAUGUUAUUGCAUGGAUUAUGUUUAGUCUUUUGAUGUUGAAAAUUUUUAUUUCCCAUAGAAACACGUUAUGUAACAUUAUGUCGGGCAUAUGUUCCAGAACUGACCACUGCAGUUAUACCACAAUUAUAUUGUGUUAAAAAAAAAAAAGAAAAAAAAAAGAAAAAACAAUGAAACAAAAAAAAACCAAUUUUUUAAUAUUAAAUAUAGAAUAAUAUUUUGCACGAACAUAUAGAGUAAUAUUAUGGAGAAAUAUUUGUCUGAUACGAGAUAAAUGUGCAAUACGAUCGAUAUAUUUACAUACAUUUUUUAUACAUUGCCAUUUAUCCAUUUUUAAAUUCCGAAAUAAGUUUUUACACAGACAAUAUUCAGAAAAUCUACCAUAGGAUAGAAUUAUAUAUAAUUGAUGUUAUGUUUGAUACAAUAAAAUUGAUAAAUUUUUAUUAAUAGAUUUUACAAAAUCGUAUAGCACAUUUAUAUAAUUUUAUAUCGAAAAGAGGUGGGCUUUUGAGAUCAAUGUGUACACAGCAUUGGAAUAAUUUCAUUAACCUACUACUGCUAUUAAUAUACCAUUGAAAAUUAUAACAAUUUUAUGAGUUUGGAAUAUUUGCUUGACAAAAUGCACAUUUCUUCAUUUUAAAGAUUUCCUUGCAAUAUAAUCUUUACUUCAGAACCGGUCUACUCGCAUUCAAGGCUAUGAUGGACCUACAUCACAACAGAACUACGAUUGUACAGUAACUUUUGUAAAUAAGUUUUAAUCGAAAAAAAAAAAAAAAAAUAGAUAAGACGUUCAUCUGUUGUGAAUUACCCUGCUUAUUGAUGGAUAAUAGCGCAUAUAGUGUUCCUUUCCUUUAGAUGAUUAGUGACAACAGAUGAAGAAGAGAAUUGCGGGCAUAUCGGGCUUCACACUGGGAAUCAUAUUUAACACGAUGUAUCUUUUGAGUUUUUGUAAAGAUACAUAUAUUAAAAAUAUUACAUUAUGUUAUGUUCGAAAUAUUUCUUUGAUUUUUAAACAAAUUUUUAUCUUUAAAAAAUUAUAAAUUGAUAUUGAAUUUAUCGAUGAACUGUUAUUCUCAUUUGAUAAAAGAAUUUUUGUAUUUUUUUUUUUUAAUAUAGGAAUAUUUUUAAAAAUUUAUCAAAAGUACAUAAUUGACAAGAAUAAUAAAAUAUUUUCGUAAUAUACAAAACUCUAAAGAUACAUCGAAACCUAUAUACAUAUGUAUGUUUAUAUAUAUAUAUAUAUAUAUAUAGGAUUUAUUUUCACAUUUUAAUGUAGAAGAUAUGUAUUAAUAAUUAUGUUAAUAAACGUAUCAUUUUAGUGAUUAUUUUUUACAGAGGAGCAUUAUAAUAUUAAAACAAGCAAAUUAACACUUAAGUUCACAAAAUGUGAAACACAAAUAAUAAAUUUAAAUAAAAUCAAACAUUUAGAACGAAUCAACUUUUACAUGAAGCAUCAGUAUUAGAAAAUAAAUUCUAUAUAUCAGAAUUAGCACAAAUUUUCAAAAAUACUGAUUUUUCGUUUUACGAAACUUCAGAUUUAGAAUUAUAUCUAUGAUACUACUGCCAGAGUGAAACCGCCCAUGGCCCCCAGCUUGCGUAGUAAUAAUUACAUUUAUAUCUUUUGUGAUUAAAAGAAAAGAUAUACUUAAAAUGAUUCAUGUAGAUUAUACAAAUUUUAUAUAAAAAUGUAUUUAUAUUCCAAUGUGCAACAAUAGCGCACAUUGAUGAAUUAGAUGCGGUCAAGUUUCUAUUCAUAUAACUAUUAUAAUAUUAUUGAAAAUAUAAUAAUGUAUCUUAAGCGAGAUUAUUGUAUAUUACCUGUAUAUAUGAUAAAUAGAUUAAUAAUAUAAGAAAAGUGGCAGAUACUUAUUGGCCAGUUAUAAUAGUAAAAUAAUUAUCUUAAUUAUUUCUCAGAACCAAAACAUACAGGAGUUGUAUGAGAAUACUUUAAAACUAGAAAAUAUAACAUGUAAAUGGAUACAGGAUAAUAACAGUUCAAACGCUGUACUGUUAUUUCUAAUAGAAUUAUUACUUACUUAUUAAAGACAUAAUUAUCCAAAAAAAAAAAAACUAUUCAAAUUGUAAGCUUUACUUAGGAUUGCCAGAAAGUAGGCACAUGCAACAUUGUUGCAAUUGUAUAUAGGCAAUGUCUACCUAUACCUACUUAAUAAUAUCCUAAAAAUACAUGAUACAUGAUCUUGGUUUGCAAGUUGUAGAGCUUUAUAGUCAUCUGAACAAACUUAUACAUUUUUAUGAAAAAAUAUUAAAAAGAAUAAAAUAUUCAUUAUAAGAGAAAUAAGGACAUUAAAUAUUAAAGUUAUUACUGAUGAAUCUUCGAUAAAUGAAUAAUACAUUUCUUGAUGAAUUGCUCAUUUAAAAGGAAAGAAUUUUAGUUUGGGAAAACUUGGGAAGAACUUAUUAUCAGUAAUAGAAAUCAUAUACAUACAUAGUAGAUCUUCAACACUGAAUAUUAAAUUAUCUAUUUGCGACAUUGUAUAAAAUCAAUUUCAAUCUUAAUUUGAUGAUAUUUCAGAUCGUUAUAGAUCUCUACAACUUAAUAAUUAUACACCUAUUUAUCUAUUGUUAGGAGGCCUAUGAUUUGAUCCUACAGUGCGUCAUUGAAAACUUAAAUGAUUAAAUGUCAUGUGUGUUGUCUUGUCCAAGACUUGAGAAGUUUCACUAAAAAAAUAAAAUAUUUUCAUGUAAUAACACAGCUGUACCUACUCAUGGCACGUUGAACAUAUUCGGUGGAUCUAAUAAAACUUAGAGCUGAUUGAUAAGCAUUUAAAAAUUAAUCAAUAAUUUUAUUCUGUUAUUAAAUGAAACUGCAUAUUACUUUAAAAAAAUACGUAGCCUAGAUGAUCAAUUUUAAAUACCAUCUAUAUAACACAUUUACAGACACUCAUAACUUUUAAUUAUCGAUGGACAUGGACCAAAUUUUGAUUAUGCGCGAGAUUUAUAGUAAUCGAAUCAAAUUUUCGAAAAGUAACAAGUAUUCGUAUAUUUUGAGUAUCUAAAAGCAUUGAAAACUGUGCAAAUUGCUUUAACAUGAUUUCAUAAAUUUAACGAUAAGACGAAUGUGUUGUUCUUAUUGCCAAAGAAAAUAGAAAUCGAAACUACAAUACAAACAAAUAAUAUACGAACAAACUUAUAAUUUACAAACAAGAUUACACUUUAAGCAGAAUAAAAACCGGUCACAGGUUUACUAGUUCGCAAUUAGAAUAAAUCAUUUUUCCGUCUUUGGACAAUUAUUCGUUCAGAUUAUGACAGAGAUUCGUAUAGAUAUACAUAUGUUAAUGAUACAAAUUCAUACAAAAUAGUGAUUUGAAGGUGGAAAAAUUUCAAGUUCCCCUUUAAAAGUUGGUAAAUUAUAUGACUCGAUUUUUAUUCUAUCAGCAACAAUGUUUUUUAUAUCAAUAAGAUUUUUAUAAAUCUACUUACGAUCAUUAUCCGAAAUUUUUCAUUAAUCACUCGAAAGUUUCCUAAAUAAGUCGUGACAAAUGUUACAUCAAGUCGAUACGCAAAAUAUACGUAUUUAUCACAGUCGCCAUAAGUGAGUGGUACAGGUUUGUGUGAAAAGUAAAAAAAAAAAAAAAAGAAAAAAAAUACAAAAA